AUGGCCAUGUCUAGAUCGCCGCUUUGUAUAGCCUCGGGUGCCGGGAUAUCUGGUAUCAACAGUGCCUAUAGAUUGCAAACGGAAUUUCCGCAAGCUACGUUUGCCUAUCCAGGGGUUCGAUCAGACACAGACCUCUACAUGUAUGGCCUUAAGUGGCAUCCCUGGCCGUAUCCCAAAGCCAUCGGUCAGGGUAGCCAGAUAAAGGAAUAUCUAGAAACAUCCGUGUCUAAGUACAACCUCGGUCGUCAUAUUCGGUUUAGGCACAAAGUCCUGUCUAUGAACUGGUCCUCCAAAUCAGCGCAGUGGACUGUGACCGUGAGCCAUGAUGGCGUUCUUAAGGAGUUUAAGGCACGCUUUGUAAUCCUAGGAACAGGAUAUUACGACUACAACACCCCACGGCAGGCCCAUAUUCCUGGCAUUGAAAAAUUCAAAGGCCAGGUUAUCCACCCCCAGUUCUGGCCUGAAAAUUUCGACUAUGCCGGCCGAGACAAAGCUGGCAGAGUUACUAUGAUACAGAGAAGUCCUUCUUACAUAUUAACAGUGCCCGACGAUGAUACCCGUCCGGCGUGGAUGCACCCAUUCCUACGAGUGUGGAACACGCUCUUCUCUUGGUUCGUUAUACUAUUCUGCAAGUAUUUCCCUAUGUACGCCAAGAGCUAUCUCAUCAACAAGGCGCUUCCACAGCUGCCAAAAUCUGUCGACAUCGAUCCUCACUUCAUGCCUCGAUAUCUACCUUGGGAACAGCGCCUCGGCUGGGCUCCCUCAGGGGAUUUUUACCAAGCUCUCCAUGAUCCGAGAACAAGUAUCGUAACCGGCGCAAUCAAGCGUGUCACGGAAAAGGCUAUUGAGAUGGAUAACGGCCAAGUAGUCGAAACCGAUGUGAUAGUUACUGCGACGGGGCUAAGAACGUUGCUCGGCGGGCAUAUUGAUAUCGGAGUGGAUGGCGAAAAGAUAGAGUGGGGAGGCAGAUUCAUAUGGAACUUCUCGAUGAUCCAGGACAUUCCCAACAUGAUGCUCGUGAUGGCAUAUGUCAAUAUCCCAUGGACUAUAAACGCCGACUUAGUUACUACCCGCUUUUUCCGAGUCUUGAAGCACAUGCAGAAGCGUGGCGCUAGGAUUGCCGUCCCACGCGUUCCGAAGGACUCGACCAUGAAAACUGAGCCAUUCUCUCCUCUGACAUCUACCUUUUAUACCGAGGUAGAGGAUAGGAUGCCUAAAUAUGGCACAAGUGGGCCAUGGAAAAGAAAGGUCCAUGUCCCCUUUGACUACAUCAAUGCUCAUUGGGGGGAUGCUACAACUGGUUUGGAAUUCUACCCUUGACUGAUAC